UUCUUUUUCAUCUGAUUAAGUGUACAUUAUAUUUCCUUUUAGACAAUUACCAUGACCAAAAAGGAGGUCCUUGGCCUCUUGGUUCUUUUCAUCGUCUACGUAUUGAUAGGUGGCGCUGUUUUCAUGGCUCUCGAAGCACCGUUAGAGGAGAAGAUGAGAGUACAGUUGAAAGAGACCAGGAAAACCUGGGAAGAUAAACUACUACGAAUGAAUCAUCCAAACUUUACUAAAGGAGAUAUCCAAAGACUGGUGCACCACCUGGCGGAGGCGAGGAGUAAAAACUUAAUGGAUGAUUACGGAAACAAUACCCACCUCAACUGGAGUUUUUACAAUUCUUUUUUCUUUGCAAUUACUGUUGUUACAACAAUCGGCUAUGGCCAUUUAGCGCCAUCUACCGUUCCAGGAAGAAUCUUCUGUGUGUUCUACGCUAUGAUAGGAAUACCUAUGACGGGGAUCCUCCUAGCGGCAAUCGGUGAUCAUUUUAGCAAACAGUUGCUAAGCAGUUUAGAAAGAGCCAAAAAGAGCUACAGCUCCAAGGUGGCGCUAGCGAUCAAUGCCUUGACUUUCCUCCUUCCGUGGUUUGUCGUGUUCAUCAUUCUUCCAGCAGGUAUCUUCAUGGUCAUCGAACAGUGGACUUUCUUGGAAGGACUCUAUUAUUGUUUCAUUUCGCUCGCCACCAUCGGCUUUGGUGAUUACGUAGCAGGAAACUUUUAUGGGGACUACAUAUGGAUAUACAAGACAGGCGUCAUCUUCUGGAUCAUCUUUGGUCUGGGGUAUCUAGCAAUGAUUCUCAACUACAUCUCCCGAGCCAUGCGGUGCAAACAAAUCCGUCGAAUGGAACAUGGCCUCUCGCUCAGAAUCCACCACACUCAACGGAAGGUGGAGAAGAGAGUGGAGGAUAUCCAUCACCUCCUUCAGGAAUUCGUCAUUAAGCAAAAGGCUCGUAGGAAAAGGCCCUCUAGGACUGGCUCGCUGUCCUUUGGAAAGCCAGAUCAUCUUGACAGUCCGACAGGUAGUGAUGGCACGGACAGUCCUCGGGACAAGAAGACGGAAUUACACCUUCAGCGGUUAAUACAGCUCGUGGAAGCACUAAGACACGAGACUAGCACUCAGCGACACAGCAAGUGCUUAGAUCGUCUAGAAGCAUUGGAUUUGGCAUCAUCUUCAGACCUUAUGUCGUCACGUCGGCACAGUCUGCCAGUAGCUCUCUCUUCAAUCCAUAUCCAAGAUGAGACAAAAAGUCCGACUGUCAUAAAUAGAAGUCAGCUUGGUUUUCAUUCUUCAUCGUACGUAAAUGGUCAUCUAGCCAAACAUGGACGAUUCUCAGAAUACCAUAAUCCAUUUCUUGUAGGAGGCUUUCUUGGGGUUCCAAAUGGAAAUAUUAAAACUUCUAAUUGUGAAUGUGAUGUCAGUGCUCAAAGAAACUACCCUAAGUCUGAUAAAGAAAGUUUAAAAAGUACAAACUUAUGAUGUUUUACAUAUCUUUGUCAGCAAUAAAAUGGCGCAUAAGUGACUUACGAUGUGCCUUCUUCUCUCAAAGUAAUCCUCCCCUCCUAAUACAAAAUGAUAAGAGUAUCGUUCUAAACAUAAAUUUCACUAAGUAUUUCUCAGUGUAUCUAAUGUAUGGAGAGAUGACACUUCAUCGAUUAUAAGCCAGUCCCGUGAUAAACUUAUUAAGUUAUUAUUCGAAUAAUCUUGUCAUAUUACAAACAUAGUAGGCUGUUAUUCCUAUAAACCACUCACGUGACAAACUGAUUAAGUAAUUGCUCUUAUCCACGAGCCAUGUGUCAGUUUCAUUAAGUUCUUAUUCAUAUAGUCCAGUCACGUGACAAACUUUUUAAGAUCUUAUUAAUAUAAGCCAGUCACGUGAUUCACUGAUUUAUUCGUCCAGUCAGUUAAAGUAGCGUGAUUACGCAACUAAACACAAUUUUUUUCAACCGCCUUCCAACACAUCCUGAGAAUAUACUCUCGUGAGUGCAGAGAAAACGAAUACUGUCUUAGCUUUUGUCAACAGUAGCUAUUAGUAUAAGCAUAAUGUAUUGUAAAAUGCUGAUGAACAACAUUUAUUAUAUAAGUUAGUAAUGGAAGAAGUUUUAGUCUUAUAUUUCUUAAAUAGUACAUUUAUUCAAAUAUUUUAUUUGUUCCUAACAUGGGUGAUAUACCUUAGACUGCUGAGAAUUAAUGUGUUAUUUUUGUUGAGAGAUGUUUACUUCUUCAUCAAAAGUAAUUGAAAUUUAUCACAAGUUUUAAUUCUUUAACAUGCUAUCUGUGUUGAUUCUUCUUAUGUCAUGCCAUGUUUUAUGUUUUUUGUCAUGUUAGAUGUAUACACAGAUAGUCCAUUUUGUAGCUUCGUGUUGAACAACAAUUAAACUAACUAGUUGCAGUGUUUGUUUUUCUGUUAUCUUAUCCAUGUUGUUCGUUUUUAUGUCAUGCUAUCUGUGUUGUUUGUUUUUCUGUUGUGUUAUCUGUGUUGGUUGAGUUUCUGUCAUGCUAUCUGUGUUAUUUGUUUUUCUGUUG